AUGACUCCAGAAUUGAUGAUAAAAGCAUGUACUUUUUACACUGGACAUUUAGUAAAGACCCACUUUUGCAGCUGGAAAGACCUAGCAAUACCUCAUGUAAGUGAAGAUGACAUUUUGACUGAAAAAAUGGAAAGAGCAAUGAAAUAUAAUGAUUUCAGACUUCAAAAAUAUGUAUUUCAUCACUGGCGCUCUUAUGUGAAAGCUCAAAAAGAACAACUUAAAGAUACACUAUUGCGGAUACAACAGAUAGUCCACUAUAACAAGCUAAUAAUUAUCCUAACUAAAUGGAGGGAUAAAGCAAGACUUAAGUAUCAAAAGAGAGAAAAUGAGCUGUUGUUAAAACAUGAACUUCUAUUGAAAAGAUGGAGAAACAAAAUAAAAUACCGAAAAGCUGCUAAAGAACAAGUCACUUCUGAACAAAGUCUGUCUGAAGACUCUUAUGUAGGUGAGAUUCCUGAAUGUGACAUUUCACUAUUACCAGAAAGAGCAGUAUUACAGAUUUUCUUCUACCUCAGUUUAAGAGACAUGGUAAUAUGUGGUCAAGUAUGUCACUCCUGGAUGUCAAUGACACAAAUAAGCUCAUUGUGGAAUGGUAUUGAUUUUUCCACGGUAAAAAAUAUGAUCACAGAUAAAUAUAUAGUGUCUACUCUGGAAAGGUGGCGUCUAAAUGUGCUGUGCUUGAAUUUUCGUGGUUGUCUUCUACGAUUGAAAACUUUGAGAUCUGUCAGCCUCUGUAAAAAUUUGCAAGAGCUGAAUGUCUCUGAUUGUCCAACACUGACGGAUGAAUCAAUGAGAUACAUUUCUGAGGGUUGUCCUGGAGUUCUGUAUCUUAAUCUAUCUAACACAACUAUCACCAACAGGACGAUGAGGCUCCUACCAAGGCACUUCCCCAAUUUACAGAAUCUUAGUUUGGCUUACUGCAGAAAGUUCACAGACAAAGGGUUACGGUACCUGAAUUUAGGGAAUGGAUGCCACAAGCUCAUCUAUUUGGACCUUUCUGGCUGCACUCAGAUUUCAGUCCAAGGCUUCAGGGACAUCGCAAACAGCUGCACUGGAAUUAUGCAUCUGACCAUCAAUGACAUGCCAACUCUGACGGACAGCUGUGUGAAAGCUUUAGUUGAGAAAUGUCCUCAUAUUACAUCAGUAGUUUUCACUGGUGCGCCACACAUCUCUGAUUGUGCUUUCAAAGCUCUUUCUACUUGUAACCUGAGAAAGAUCCGAUUUGAAGGAAAUAAAAGGAUUACUGAUGCUUGCUUCAAGUUUAUAAAUAAGCAUUAUCCAAACAUUAGUCACAUUUACAUGGUGGAUUGCAAGAGAAUAACAAAUUGUAGCCUCAAGUCACUCUCACCGUUGAAACAACUCAGUGUGUUGAAUUUGGCAAAUUGUAUAAGAAUUGGUGACAUGGGACUAAAGCAAUUUCUUGGUGGUCCUGCAAGCAAAAGGAUAAGAGAGCUAAAUUUAAGUAACUGUAUCCUUUUGAGUGAUGCCUCUUUUGUGAGACUACCAGAGUGCUGCCCUAACUUAAACUACUUGAAUUUACGAAAUUGUGAAAGUGUUACUGACGCAGGAGUUGAAUAUAUCAUAAACAUUUUCUCCUUGAUAUCACUAGAUCUCUCUGGAACAAGUAUCUCAAAUGAGAGUUUGAUGAUACUUUCCCGACAUAAAAAAUUAAAGGAACUUUCUCUAUCUGAGUGUCAUAAAAUCACUGAUGCUGGAAUUCAGGCAUUCUGCAAAGGCUCACUGAUCUUGGAACACCUGGAUGUCUCUUAUUGCUCCCAGCUAUCAGAUGAGUUUAUUAGAGUGCUGGCAUAUUACUGCUUGAACCUCACAUCUCUCAGCAUUGCUGGCUGUCCAAAGAUUACUAACUCAGCAAUGGAGAUAUUAUCAGCAAAAUGCCAUUAUCUGCACAUUUUGGAUAUUUCUGGUUGCGUCCUGCUUACUGACGAAAUGCUUGAGAACCUUCAGAUAGGCUGCAAACAACUGCGGAUCCUUAAGAUGAAAUACUGCAGACUUAUUUCCAAGGAGGCAGCUAAGAAAAUGUCAUCUAUAGUUCGGCAGCAGGAAUACAACUCUAACAACCCUCCACUUUGGUUUGGCUACGAUCUUGAAGGCAAGCCUCUAAGAGAGCAACAGGAUAUAGCACUGCUUAAAGAUACAGAAUUGACAGCGAAAGAGUCAACAUACAAUAGUGAAGAGGAAGUAGUAUGA